GUGCCUACAAUUGCCUACAAUCAACUGUGCCGUAAGAAAUGCGGAAGAGCUCAUUGUUGGUCGGAGCUGUCAUGCAGACGCCAAUCACGACGAGCAGCAUUCGAAGGCGCGCCGCACCAUUUCUCGACCCGCGAGAUACGAAAUCACGAGAAAUCUGAUCGCGAGCUCGUAACCUUGUGAGUUGGCACUAGCGAGGUGGCCCCGACGGACAGUCCGCGACGGGAACGAUUGGAACCUCGACCGCCCAGACCGCCCCGAACCAUCCGUCGACGCCACCCAGAGAGCCGGCCAGCGGUGCAUGAGCGGCUUCGAGUUGCCCGGCAUGACGCGCCCGCGGCGGUCGUCCGCCACCAGCGAGGACAGCAUGGGGACGGCGCGCGAGCAGGAACUCGGCAGCAUGUACGACUACCUGGCCAAGGUCAUCUUGCUGGGGCCGAGCGGGACGGGGAAAUCGUGUCUGCUGCACCGCUUCGUCAAGAAUGAGUGGCGCGUGCUCUCCUCGCAGACAAUCGGGGUCGAGUUCGCGAGCAAGAUCAUCAAGGUCGGCACCGGCGCGCGGCGGAAGAGGAUAAAGCUGCAGCUCUGGGACACAGCAGGGACCGAACGAUUCCGGUCCGUCUCGCGGUCCUACUACCGCGGCGCGGCCGGCGCGAUCCUCAUCUACGACAUCACGUCGCGCGCGUCCUUCAACAGCCUGCAGCCGUUCCUCAACGACGCGCGCGCGCUCGCCUCGCCGAACCUCUCCCUCGUGCUCGUCGGCAACAAGCUCGACCUGGCCGGCGACCCGCUUGUCGACGCGGGCCUGCCGCCGCCCACGCCCAGCGCCAGCAGCACCGUCAGCAGCUCGGCCUCCGUGGCCGCGUCGCACUCGUCCACGUCCACGAUCCACCCCGGCCUCGGGGCGCAGCUCCGGGCGACGGUGGCGCCGGACGGCCGCGAGGUGUCGGCGGUGGAGGCGAGCCGGUGGGCCAGCACGGUGGGCAUCCCGGUCACGGUGGAGGUGAGCGCGUUCAGCGGCGAGGGCGUCGACGAGGUGUUUGCGCGCCUGGCGCGCAUGAUCCUGGCCAAGAUCGAGCUCGGCGAGAUCGACCCGGACGAUCCGAUGAGCGGCAUCCAGUACGGCGACGCGGGCGCCAUGUGGAGCGCCGGCGCGAGCGACGGCGGGAGCAUCAAGAGCACCGUCACGGCGGACGAGGUCGGGCCGGGCGGCCGCCGGCGGCGCAGGGCGCGGAGGGGCGGGCAGGGGCUGAGGGAGUGGGAGGAGGUGUUUACCUUGACGAAUCGCAGGCGGAAUCGGGGGUGUUGCUGAGGGUGAUCUGGGCCGGUGGUGCGUUGGAGAAGGGGAUGGAUCAUGGUCUGGGCUGGGGUGAGGAUAUUGACGGGCACUUCAUGAUACCACAUUGUUACUUGAUUUCUUGGUUGGCCGGACAGAUGAGCGUAAUAUGAGGGGCAGGGAGUUGAGGCUCAGGGCAUCGCCUAUGUGCAGAUCCGGCGGCACACCAAGACACUCCACGGCUUGUCACGAGGAGUUCGGGGGCGGAAAUAGAGUUCCGGUCAGAGCGCCGCAUAAACGAGCCAUUUCUCUCAUCAAACUCAGGAGCGCCACUUGCAUCGACGAAGGCAGCUAGGCCAGCGAGUGUAUGUCAGCAAGCUCGGCGGUUUGACGGCGCGAAUUCGCAUUAUCUUCGGCAGAC